UUGGUGCUCUGACUCCGGCGCUAUCGAUCUGAAAAGCCGGGGUUGGCGAGCAGUGCGCAGACCGCAGCGAUGGAGCAUUACUGAGAGCUUUCAGUGAAGUCUGCAGAUGAAGAUAGUUCAUCAGAGUCAUCUACAUGACCAAAGAAACGCGAGCGGCCCGGCGAAAAGCACAGGCGUCAUCAUAACCAUGCAAUUUAAGUACAGGCGAAUUUGAGCGAACGCGUCUUCUUCAAGGUUACACCGCUUGAAGACACGCCAUCAUCUUCUCGUCGCAGGUCAACCGGCGUGCGUUAGUGGGAUUGUCACCGGUACAUAUCAUGUCCGUUGAUGAGCAAGGUUAUACCGACGCUAUGCUGCUGCUGGAGGCCGGCCCGGAGUGGCUGCGGGCUGAGAUCGAGCGUCUCUCCCGGGAGCUGACUGAGACCACCAACGAGAAGAUCCAGGCUGCGGAGUACGGGCUGGCGGUGCUGGAGGAGAAGCAGCAGCUGAAACAACAGUACGACGACCUGGAGAUUGAGUAUGAUGCCGUUCGACAGGAGCUGGACCAAGUGAAAGAGGCGUUUGGACAAGCUCAUUCCAACCACAAGAAAGUGGCAGCGGAUGGAGAAAGCCGGGAAGAGUCUCUCAUCCAGGAGUCCGCCUGUAAGGAAGCCUACUAUGAGCAGAGAGUCCUGGACCUGCAGACCGAGAUACGCCAGACACGCAACAUUCUGACUAACACCCAGUCUGAGAACGAGCGGCUUGGCGUCAUCUUCCAAGACAUGAAAGACAAUUGUGAGAUGGUGGAACUUCAGAGGAAUCAGCUGCGUGAUGACAUCAAGGAGUACAAGUUCCGAGAGAGCCGUCUGCUGCAGGACUACACCGAGCUGGAAGAGGAGAACAUCUCACUCCAGAAGCAGGUUUCUGUGCUCAAACAGAGUCAGGUGGAGUUUGAGGGUUUGAAGCAUGAGAUCCGGCGUCUGGAAGAAGACACUCAGUUUCUCAACAGCCAGCUGGAAGAUGCCAUCCGCCUCAAGGAGAUCGCCGAACGUCAACUGGGCGAGGCUCUGGAGACCAUCAAGACUGAACGAGAGCUGAAGGCUUCAUUGAGGAAAGAGCUGUCCCACUACAUGACCAUUGGGGACAGUCUUUACCACAGUCCUCUCAGUAUUUCUCUGGAUGGCCUUAAGUUCAGUGACGAUACUGCCACAGAGCCGAAUAAUGAUGAAGGUCUGCAUGGAUACGAGAAUAGUUUCACCAAGCUGGCCAAUGAGAUCGCAGAGGACAACCGCGUCUUUACACCCAAAAAGGAGGAGCUCUUCUGUCCUGUGCCCAGCCUUGUAGACGACCUGCUGAGUGAACUGAACAUUUCAGAGAUCCAGAAACUCAAACAACAACUGAUGCAGAUGGAGCGUGAGAAGGUCAACCUGCUGUCCAACCUGCAGGACUCCCAAAAACAGCUAGAACAGGCAAAUGGCGCUCUGUCAGAGCACCAGGAGAAAGUCAACCGCCUCACUGAAAACCUCAACGCUAUCCGCAAGCUUCAAGCCAGCAAGGAGCGCCAGUCCGCCUUAGACAACGAGAAAGAACGCGACAGCCAUGAAGAUGGAGACUACUAUGAGGUAGACAUCAACGGACCAGAGAUUCUCGAGUGCAAGUACAAGGUGGCUGUUUCUGAGGCUGGAGAGCUGAAGGAGGAACUCAAGACUCUAAAGGCGGAAUACCAGUCCUGCCAGUCCCGCUACGAUGAAGAGCGCAUCCGUUUAGAGAACGAUGUCACUACUUUGGGAGAGAAGCUGGCAACUCUGGAGAAGACCAGUCAGAUAGACAGAGAGGAAAAAGCUAAGCUGGAAAAGGAGCUGCGCAAGUUAAGCGAUGUGGCUGGUGAGUCCCAGGGAAGUCUGAGUGUAGCACAGGAUGAGCUGGUCACAUUCAGCGAAGAACUGGCAACCCUCUACAACCAUGUCUGUAUGUGCAACAACGAGACGCCCAACCGUGUCAUGCUCGACUUUUACAAGGAGGGUAAGGGCGGACGGAGCAGCCCAGAAGGCCGUGGCCGCCGCUCUCCAAUACUGCUCACCAGAGGUCUCUUCCCAGAGCCUGGGAAGGCUGACCUCAGUGAUGGGGCUCCCUCACCAGUCUCCUCUCAGCCUUCUCCUGUGUCUGACCACCGACGCGAGCCCAUGAACAUUUACAACCUGGUUGCCAUCAUCCGAGACCAAAUCAAACACCUCCAGCUGGCAGUGGAUCGUACAACUGAGCUGUCACGCCAGAGAGUGGCUUCUCUAGAGCUUGGCUCUGUAGCCGACAAAGACAAGGAAGCCUGCAUGGAGGAGAUCCUCAAACUGAAAUCCCUGCUCAGCACCAAACGGGAGCAGAUCGCCACUCUGCGGACAGUCCUAAAGGCCAACAAGCAGACAGCUGAGAUUGCUCUGUCCAAUCUGAAGAGCAAGUACGAGAAUGAGAAGGCCAUGGUGACUGAGACCAUGAUGAAACUGAGGAACGAACUGAAAGCCUUGAAGGAAGACGCCGCCACCUUUUCCUCUCUUCGCGCCAUGUUUGCCACACGUUGUGACGAAUAUGUUACCCAACUGGAGGAAAUGCAGAGGCAGCUGGCUGCAGCAGAGGACGAAAAGAAGACCCUCAACUCUCUGCUGAGGAUGGCUAUCCAGCAGAAGCUGGCGCUGACGCAGCGCCUGGAAGACCUUGAGUUUGACCACGAGCAGACCCGCCGGGGCGGCAACUCGAGCCGGGCAAAAGCUCGCAGGGCCGCAAGCAGCACCACCACCAACCCCCAUGUAAGUCAGAGUCUCACCUGCUCUGGCUUGGGGCGCCCAGAACACAACAAUGUGAUGCCCAACGGCAUUCUGGGAGGCCCCUUGGUCUUCUGCAGUGAGAAGUACAAGAUCUACUGCGAUUGAGAGGCGGCCUAAAUGUCCGCAUGGACUGCUGUGUACAGAGGGAAGGAGGGGGGGACCCUCCUUGCCUUAGAGUUAAAGAGCCCCACUUGCUCGCUUUGCUCCUGGCCAGCCUGCGCUCGUCUUCAGACUCCUGUUGUACUAACCGGCUGCUGUGUCUGCUAAUGUAAACGCUUCCGGGAAUGCAUGUGUACAGUGUUCACUAGACGCCUGGACUGCAGUAGACAUAUCUGGCAUGGGGGUUUAAAAGGGCCCUUGUUGUUUUGGGGGGGUUUGUUGAUAACGUGGAGUGUCUAUUCUUUCCGCUGUCAUAGUGCUGUACGUGGAACUCAAAACGGCAGCAGCUUGUUCGGGCUGCCCGGGGUGCUCGCCCUUCUCCAAAAAAACACUUCGUCGGGGGUAGAAAUUCGUAAAGAAGAAGUCACUCCGAUGGUCUUCUGACCCAAUGUGACCUCCUCUUCUCUUUGACGUUGGUGCUGCUUUCAGAAAAGCGAAAAGCGUUGCGCAGUCCCUCCACCCGUUCCGUCCUAAUUCUGCCCAGCAACAACGUUUUUAAUCAGCUGACUCUAAUGUUUACAACAAUAUCAAUAAGCGAGAAUAUGCAAGCUCCCUGUGCUUUGUGGCUAGGGGAGUUAAAUGUUAACUCUAAUGACAAAUUCUAAACGUCUGAGGAGGUUGUUGGUUUUUUAUCACACAACUAUGAGGGCAGGAAAAGAAAAGGAGCACCUGUGACUCCAGGUGUGGAUUUCAGGAUCCGCUUUUCAAGCUGUGAUGCUAGCACACCAAUACAAUAGGGUCAGUAGAUUUGCAUGGCUUUGCAGCUGAAAAAGCGUACAAGCUUUUUUUUUUGGCCGUUGUUGUGUGAGGUGUGUUUUAUGAGGAAAAACUCAUAUUCUACAGGGCUCUACAUUGUGGAAAAAAAAGUGAUAUUUGAUUUAAAAACCUGGCUUUCGUCUUCUAUGCGACCCAAUAUUUUUCAUGAUGGAUUUGUUCAGAGCCAUAUUCCAACAGAGAAAGGAUGAAAUGUAUCUCUGGGUCUAAAUUAAGUGCACUUCAGCACAGGUGCCUCAGGUUCCUACUUCACCUAUAAUGGGUUCAAAUGACUACUGUGAACAGAGAUACACUAUAGUUUUGUGCAAAUGUCUUUUUUUGUCAAAGAUUCUAAUCAAAAUCAAAAAGAGCACAAAUCAUCUGGAGGAAAAAUUUGCAACCAACCGUCCGCGCGGCUAAAGUGCCUGUUGACCCAAACUUGAUAUAUUUAUCUACCUGUAAAUGUAAAGCCCUGUCCGUGUGUCUUAGCCUCAGCGAAUAUGUCGGUUUAGUGACAAGAACCCCGCUACCCGCUCUCAUUUUCGCAUUUAUCCAGGCUGUCGAUUAACUACUUGAGGCUUGAGUUGAGGCUUAAAAAAAUGAAAAAUAGCGCGUCCUUCACCGGUCACCUGCUUUUGUGUAACCACCCUCUCUCUUGUAGAUUGUCAGCAGCUUGCCUCACCACUCACCCUUUAACUACAAAGAGGAAUUGCGGGGAUAGUAUUUUUGUCAGGUAAUAUCCUCGUAUUUGCUGCGUUUCGGGGUUUUUGCCUCUGUGUAUAUCUCAGUGUUGAAGUGAAGGGCCCUCGCAUGUAUGUUUUUACAGAUGAACAGCCUCUCAUUUCUUUUUCUUUUUUCUUGUUGUUGGGUAUGUGCAGACAAAACAACAAAACAAUUUAGUAUUUACAAAAGCUUUAAAACUUUUCAAGCUAGUAUUAAGCAAAUAUAAAACUAUAUAUCCGUGGGGCUUGUGUUUAUUAAAUCCGUGUACUGCUUGUGGAGUGAGACACAGCGGCUUAAAGAUGCUAAAAAGCAGGGUUGAUGUAAAGGAAUCCUGCAAGGUUUAAAACAAAUGUGCUCUUUUCUACUAAAUCUAUUCUUCAAAUGAUCAGGUAAAAAAAAUCUUGCAGGAUCCUGCUACAGUAUUGAAUGCAAAAACAUUGAACAUUUGAAAUGGUCAACCCUGCUUGAGCGUGCAUCAGUAAGCCAUAGCAACCAGCAUGGAGAUGAGGCUAUUGUACACUUUAGAUGAAAUGAACAAAACAAUCUCCUUAGGGGUCAGUCACUCUUGUGUUAGAAAUUCACUUAACAUACAAGUCCGGUUUGUGUUUGUGUGUGGAUGGGGGGGUUUGGAGACUUUUCCAGGAGCCAGCUCCUGAGAGAGGAGAUGCAAAAAGCCACGUUUCCGGCUGAGAUCUCAAUCUGAUGCUGUGGAGAACAGAAACCGGGACUUUAUAGAAGAAUUAACUCCUGGUGACAUUUGGGUGGUUGCUCAGGCAACACGAAGACACCGAUUCAAAAUAUUUGAGCUCCUUACCCUUUGUGGAUUGACUCCACGGUAGAUAAAUCUCAGGAUGUGAUUGUGACUAGAAUUUCUUUUUGCAUAGGAAUCGGAGCUUCUAUUUUAAAAAUCAAUGUCAGAAUAUACAAACUGUAAGGCUCCUCCUACCUCUUCCUGCAGGCUCCUCCCUUAUGUUUUACUCCACGCAAUUCAUUACGUUUCCCAUGUAUAGGCCUGCAUAUCAAAGCUUUCCUCAUCGACCUGCAUGGAAUAUGAGAAAACCGUGUCUCCUUGAGCUUAGGUGGUGUGAGUCUCUGGCUUCCUAACUGCACUCUCAGGAUGGUUAGUGUGGAAUGUUGCUUCACUUCAGCAGCACUCGCUCCUAACACAACAUCAUUGUUGCUUUGACUAACUGGACUAACAGCUUCUUGGUGUGUGUUGCCCGAGCUGCUAAAAGUCAUGCUGAUAAUUCCUUUGUUUCUCCAUUUUUGCAGUAAUAUACUGUUUUUUUCUUCGUGGACGACGGAUCAUUGACACAAGUUCCUGUCCCACAGUGAUUUCUGCAAAAAAAUGUAAAAAGUUUCAACACUUAUUUGGACUUGGAGAAAACAAAAAUCAAUUUUGAUGGCAGCAUUAGAUGUUCAGUCUACAAUUUAUAGUCAAAGGCAUCGCUGGGGGAAGAAGCACAUUCCUCACAAUAAACCUGACAGUGGACCAGAGAUUAAUGAGAAGUUGGGGGAUUUGUGUUUCUCAAUUCAAAUCAACCAACUGUUUUGUUCACUUUCAGUUUUUGUUUGUUUGUUUUCAUUUAAUCCGUGCACUUUCAUUAUAUAGGGUUACAACAUUUUAUUAUUAACCUAAUAGGAAUCAUAGUAGUGCUAUGGUUUGUGAAUUAUCUACUUUAGUUUAGGAAUCUGGAUUCAAAAUAAGAUGCAAUUGACUUGAGUAAAUCCUCCACAAACCUCAAAUGUACUGUUAUGUCUCCAUUGUCAAGAUUUUAUUCAUCUAAUAAUUCUUUUGAAGAUGUUUUUGUUACAUGCAACUUCAUAAUAUGCUGUUGGUUUUCUUUUAUGUUUGUUGUACUGCCAUGUUCUAUACAAAAGAAUCCAGGGUUAUUGAAUUCUGGUUUUUUUUUCACGUAUUUAUUAUUCCUAGGAAUAGUUCAAAAUUUUACACAAUGAAACUUGAUAACGCUCUUACUCAAAAAAAAAAACAAAAAAAAGGUAAGUUGUGUUUUGGGAAAUAUUUGAGCAACGUGACAUGCUUUUCCUAGCUUCUUACCGAGGGCGUUCCUUACAGAAACAUGAUCGCUGGCCUACAGAAUUCUCUGCAAAUGCAACAAUUAAAUUCCAAAUUGGAAUUGUUUCAUUCUCUCUUUGUUUAUUGUGCCAAAUCUUGGCACACCGUUUAGGUCGAAAAGAAUUGAGACUCUGAAAAACAAAAAAAAGACAAACUGUCAUUGGGAAAGGCGCGAUCAAGCGCCUGGGUUUUGCUUUUGGUUUGUUUAGUUCUCCAUUUCUUGACCAGUAGUGCCUUUCAUUGUUUCAAGGGAGAAUCAUAGAUCAGUAUUUUAAGUUCCUCUUUUUAUAGGUGAGGACUUUAGGGGUUUGAACUGUGAGCAGCAAUAAAACGCAAAAAGGGAAUGUCCCCUUUUUCUGCACGAGUGAGGUGAUAGUUUUUAAUUUAGCCUAAUAACAGUACAAUUGUAUUGAAUUGUGCAGGUCAGCGAUCGAUCAAGAAUUUCAGGGGUAUUUUUUCUCUCUCUCUUUUUGUGAAGCAAACUUUGGGAACCAAAAAAAAACCAACAAUAAAGUUUGGCCUCCUGUUCUUGAACAAAAGCCUCCACACGUCUGAAUGUGUUGGAGCACAACAGUGUAUUAUUGGGGACAUCUGUGUAUCUCUAGCUCUGUAUGGUGAAGGUAAUGUGAUCUGAUGUGGAAAAAAAUGUGCAGAAGGCGCAUUUUUCUCUAAUUUUUUUUAUUUUAAUUUUUGUUUGUACGUUUGUUUGUUUUUUUAUAAUAUUCUUGAUUUUUUUUUUUUUUUUUAUAUCGUCAUUGAAAAUGUAUGUUUUCAGGAAACAGAAAACAAAACCUGCAUCAACAAGCUGGAAUAGUGCCAUUAUAGCCAGUGCUUGCUUGUUGAGGCGUUAAAAGUUACCGAUACGGAAAAGAAGCCGAAAAGUAAAAGUGCAAUUCAAAAACUGUUUCAAGUUUUUACAUUAUUUUAAACAAAAGUUUUCUGUUUGCUGGAAGCGACAGCAUUGUGAUAAUAAAAGUAGCUUUGCAAAUUAUUGUCAUAUUGUGUUUCAGUAUUGAACCAUAAUAAGAGUUUGAUAUCUUUAUAUGAAAUAACAACUUCACUUGUAUGUUGGUAUUUAUUUGAACUGUCACGCGUUACUGUAUUCUGAUCAAUAAUGUGCAUUAUGAUUAGUGGCAUAAUAAUUACUGCUAAAUGUCAUAUGCAUGUUUCUCAGUGAUGGGACCUUUACACAGAGAUGAAAACAAACACGGAAACUUUUGUCAAGAAAUUUAAAAAUUGAGGACGGGGGGAGCAUCGAGUCUAAUGUGUUACUACUAAAGUAAUCCUCGGAAAGUGUUUGUUUUCUAGAUAAGUGGUGAAAUGACUGUGUAAGGGUAGUCUUACUGAUUAAAAUCAAUAAAUGUGACCUAAGUCCUA